GUCCGUACGGUGGGGUGUGCAGCAAAGUCUUUCGUGCUGUUGAGAAACGGUGUCUUUUUUCCCUGAAGACAACGACUAUUUGCCUAUUGGAGGUGCUAACGUGUCAACAACUGCAAGCCUAACCAGCAAAACCCCAGCCUCAGCAACAUGUUUCCUUUCUCGUGAAUGGUUUAUAGCGAAGGCUCGUGACAAUUUCACGACAACACCUAGAGCAACUCGACCGCAGCUCAGUUUACCACACCAGUUUUCCCUACUUCGCAAAGUGUGCGCUUUUCCUCGGUACGCAUCGCGGGAGAAAAAUAUUUCACGCAACGACGGUUUCUGUGUAGCAGUGUUUGUUGACUUGCGUUGGGGGUUGUCUGUUUACCGACGUAGUAAGGUAAGGUGCAAAGAAAAAGGUGCAUCAAAGCAAUCACACUGCAAAAGCGUGCCAGCCCUGUAAGCUGUAACCAAGCAAACCGGUUCUGAAAGGGCGGAAGUGAAGCUAAAUAGAAUCACUUCUUGGCUUCGCUUCGGAAGCGAACGUGUAUCCGUGUGUUAGUGUAUGUGUUUGUGAUAAAAGUACGGAAGUGGAAAAUUGGUCCGGAAGCACCAAAACCUGUGUGUGUGUUGUGAUUUGAUUUGUUACAACUGUAAGCCGGAACCGAGCGGAUUAUCUCCAAAAAGCAUGGUGCAAAAGUAUGAAUCUCCCGUCAGGAUCUACAAAUAUCCUUUCGAGCUGGUUGUGGCGGCCUAUGAACGUCGCUUCCCUACCUGCCCGCAGAUGCCGAUUGUGCUGGACUGCGAGAUAAUCGAGGACAACCAGUACGACAAUGGAGCGCGCCGGGACACGAAGCGUCGGUGCAAGAUCGCUGUCGAGGCGCCCUAUCUCAUCAAGAAGAUCAUCGGCGUCGAUGUGGUGUUCUUCAUCCAGAAGAAUUUCCUCGACAUGAAGACGCGCACGCUAAACAUUGAGGCAACGAACGAAUCGUUCGCCACGCGGGUAGAAAUCUUCGAAAAGUGUCGCUACUAUGCGCACCCGGAAAAUCCCGACUGGACGUGCUUCGAUCAGACGGCCACGCUGGACAUAAAGAACUUUUUCGGUAUCGAACAUUCGAUGGAAAAAAUGGGCAUGAAGCAGUACACCCAAACGACGCUGAAGGGCAAGGAAAUUAUUGAGUUUUUCGUUAACGAGCUCAAGCAGGAAGGCAUCUCGCAUGUGGAAAGAUGGGCAGAUGAGGAGAUGGAAAAUUCUACAACCGCAGCUACCAAUGCGACGCCACCGGAAAAACCACCGCUGUGUCGCGAUAACUCCAUCCUGGACGCGGACUACAUCGCCAAAUAUCUUGGCCAGCUGACGCCACUGCAGGAAUCCAAGUUGGUACAGUUGCGCAAACGCUUCGAGCACGGGACGUCUGAACAUCCGGAACCGGACUAUCAGACGCUGUUACGGUUUUUGCGUGCGCGGGACUUCAGCAUCGAUAAGGCGACGGCUAUGCUGCAGGAAUCGUUGCAGUGGCGCAAGGAGCACCGCAUUGACGACAUUCUUGGCGAGUACAAAACACCGGCCGUGGUGGAAAAGUACUUCCCGGGCGGUUGGCACCACCACGAUAAGGAUGGACGACCAUUGUACAUACUCCGGCUCGGAACGAUGGACGUCAAAGGAUUGCUAAAGUCGGUCGGUGAAGAUGAGCUGCUGAAAUUGACGCUGCAUAUUUGCGAGGAAGGCUUGAAGUUGAUGAAGGAAGCGACCAAGCUGUACGGCAAGCCGAUCUGGAACUGGUGCCUGCUGGUCGAUCUGGACGGGCUGUCGAUGCGCCACUUGUGGCGCCCGGGAGUUAAGGCCCUGCUACGCAUCAUCGAAACAGUCGAGAAAAACUACCCGGAAACAAUGGGCCGUGUGUUGAUCGUGCGGGCACCGCGAGUUUUCCCCGUCCUGUGGACCAUCGUCAGUACGUUCAUCGAUGAAAACACACGCUCGAAGUUUCUGUUCUUCGGUGGACCCGAUUGUAUGCACGCAGAGGAUGGCAUUGAGCAGUACAUAGAUACGGACAAAAUUCCCAGCUUUUUAGGCGGAUCGUGCAAUACAUUAAUCCACGAAGGUGGUUUGGUGCCGAAACAUCUGUACAAGUCGGAAUCGAUCGAAGAAAACAACGGCGCAAUUCAUGCGCACGAUCAUCACGGUCUUUACAAAGCGGUAGAUCUAAAGCCCGGCCAGCUGUUCGAGCUCCUCAUUCGCAACACGGACCCGAAAAGCGUUCUCACGUGGGACUUUGAGGUGCUGAAAAAUGAUACCCUGUUUGCCGUUUAUCACACCGAAAAGGAGCUGGAGCAAAGUGGGAAUGACGACUUUUCCUCCGUGUUUGAUAUGCCUGAAUUUAAGGAAGGAGCUAAUUAUAAGAAAAUUGAGCAAAGCGUUAAAUGCCGACCAAAGGAAGGCGUUCAGGGAUCGCACGAAAUGGCAUCCACCGGCACGUACGUCUUGCAAUGGAUGUGUCCACCGUCCUGUGACGGGCCUGCUCAACUGAUGUAUUUCCACGAAAUUCUCAGCUCGGCGAACUACAAAGGUUCGAUGACUAGUCUACAGUCGGGAUUUUCCUCAAACAGCUUGCAAUCUCGAUGAUGAACGUAUGAGACUGAACGAGGGCUGAAUAUGACCUCGACGAACGCUGCCACAGUUGCCCAAUCAAUGGCGGGAGAGUGUUCCCACACCGUUAGCAAUGCGUCGACAUCGCAUCAGCCUGCCGCCGCACCGUAGCACAUUCGAAUUAAUUGCAACUCCAACACGAAUCUCCUUACAGCUUCUCAACAACCGCCAUGUAAUCUCUUUUCAAGCAGUCGAAGCUACCGUGCAUAAGCAAUCACAGCAGUUAGUUGCCACUACUAACGUUUCGGAAGGUUGUAUACAUGGAAACUGAAAAGCAACAUUAAUACGAAUCGAAUAUUAAGCAUACAGAACAUACAAAAGUUGUGUAAACUAAAAAAAAAGAUAGAAGAAUCUGGGAAUUAGAAUCAUUCAUACACCGCUUACCGUGCGGCACCAUUAUACUGCAACAUAUUCAAUGCAAGCGAGUGAAGCAUAAUCAAUUAAUUAGGAUAAUAGGAAAUACACAAUCACUCAAACUGGUGGCAAAGAAAGUAGAAAAUGAAACGGAUCUCGGAGUAUUGUAUGUAAGUUUGUGUAAAGAUAUGUUUUGGGCGCAACAACAACAACAACAACAAAGAAAUCAGAAAUUACUAAACCAACUAUUAUAUAUGAAAUGAAUCUUAAAGAUGCUACUUCCCUGCCGUCCUUUCUCAAGUAGGCUGAGCAUGUGCGUGUGUGUCCCUAUGUGAAGAGGACAAUAAAUAGUAGGAAUUUUACUGAACAAUACGUACGGAGCCGGUGACGGAACAAUUAUGCCUGUGUUGCAGUCGGGACACGGGCAGGAAUUGGUCAAUACAGUACGUAGUAAAAGUAAGGAAAAACACACACACCAUUUACAUGCAGGUAUUUAGUGCAGAAGCAGGCGGGAAAAAGGUAGGUGAAAUUGGGAAAAUUGAAUUUUUAAAAUCGAAGAUAUACCCUUCUCCCCCCCGGUAGUAAGAUAUACUUGUAUUGAUAUAAGGCUUAAACAAAUGCAAAAUGCUUCAAUGUGUAGUGGAAACAAAGCUUUCAUAUAUACAUACAGAUGCGCAGUAUAACAGUUUAUGUGCACGGCUCACGGUACCCCAAAGCUGCUAUCAAUGUGGUUUUGGUUUAUCAUAUGCAGUUGAAGAUGAUUAAAAAAAUGUUGAAAGUGUGAAAAAAAGCAAAACAAAAUCUGACCUUUGCGUAAGGACGCGUCACGCAAUGUAUUCUUGGGCAAAGGAUGGAAGGAAGCGGGUUAGGUAGAAUGGAUUUUAUUCGAAAAAGAAAGCCACAAAACAACAAAUAUAAGAAUCACAACACCGUCUCGUCAUCACACACCAUCAUCAUGAUCCAUCACACGCACCGUGUGUUCCAUCCCCUUUUUAAAUGGUAUUCAAACAUUCGUAUCAUUGCUGGUUAAUGACGAAGUGGUAGGAUAAGCAAAUGGUGAUAUAAAAUACGGGCGUAUGUGUUGGUAUAUUGUAGUAAGGGCAAAGCAAAAUAACGUUGGCGCAGCGGCAAAGAGGUUUUCAUUUAACGUAGCGAUAGCGGUAAUGAUCAUUUUAAUGUGUGUAAUGUAACGUUUGCGUUUGAGGUAGUUUUUGACUAUUUUUAGCUCCACACACAUUGCAUACACGUCAAAUCGUAUAGAGUUGUAAAGCUAGUUUCAUCAGCAGUACCGGUACCAGCGAAUGUGUUAUGCUCGAAGAGUGACAAAACAGAAGGGUUAUGAAGGAUGUAUAAGGUAAUACGUUUAUUACAAAUUGUAUUGAUUAGACUGUAGCUUGACUCUGUUUUUGGAAACAAAAUAGUGUAAACUGUAAAACACAGUUAUGCAAUUCAUUCGCCCAAACAUUCGAUGGAGACGCCAGGUGAAUCAUGCGCAUAGCAAUUAGUACGAUCACGUGUGGACGCUGCUUGUUGGUAGAGCGGGUAGAGUAAAAUUAAAUUUUGCCGCGAUUACGUUAAAAAGGCAGAUGAAAUGUUUCCCGUACAUAGUUUGUUAACAUGUAGCGAUUUUUUAACACAACAAUGCAAGAGCUAGCAUUCCACCAACUUCACACGAUUGGCAAGUGGUGUGACCUGAUAUGCGACAAAAGAACCAUUUAGAGUGCUUUUUUCCCUUGCAACAACCGGCGUUUGUGGUCGUGAUCGUGUGUUUGUUAGAUUUGCAGUGCCCUAUUUGUUCUAUAGUGGGUUUUUAAAACGUAACAAUAAAAAUCUUACAGCCACCUCACGUUUUCUUUUCGCAAACGGCAAACAAAGUGAUAGCAAAUUGUCAUCCAGCAGCAAAGGCAAGCGGUAGGAACUGGUGAAGGUAAACGAUGGUACACAAAAUCAUACAUAUUGGCCCCUCAUUGGUGGUGGCAAAUCAAUUUAUAGCUCAGUGCAAAGUAGCGUUAAUUGAAUGGACACGGUUUUGCAACACGGGUGUCCCGUCGUGUGUGUGCGUGUUGUGUGGUCGUGUCUAGGCACACGAAGGAUACACAAAAAAGGCACGCACAAAUACACAAUUUAUGGAUGUAUUUGCAUUGUCGACACACGUUGCAUAAGUACGGCAGUAAAUAAAGAUAUGUCAUUAAAAUGCAACCUUUCUGCUUGCGUGUGUAUUGUUUUGUUGAAUGUUUGCACUUGAUUGAAACGCAUCGAAAAAAUAAAUUCCGCUGGAU